UGCUCAAUCGCAGCCUGAACCAUAUAAACAGGCGUUCAAGCCGCGCCCACCAGGUCAACGCAAAACACUCGACGCUGUGCGUAAACAGCGGCCAACAAAGACGCCAUCGUCGCUGGUUUGCUGAAACAAGAAGGUUUGCUCUUAAAGGUUCGAGAAAAACCGCGAUGGACUCCAGGUCUCGUAGACUUCCCUUUUGUCUCUCCGGUUCGAGAUCCUCCUACACGUUCAGUACUCCCAGUCCACCUGUGUCCUCAUCCUUGAGCUCCACCAGGCUGUACAACAGGGAGACCAUGCUAAAUAACGACCGCAUCCCAAGAGCAUCAUCACCUUUCAAGACAGAUAUGGACAAGCCGACUUCACGUCUUUUGAGCUCAUCGCGAGAUUACAGCAGCGCUGACGCUCGCUCCAGCAGCUGGAAGCUGCCAUCUUUGUCGUCCUCCACCAGAUCCUACGACCGACCCUACGAAUCAUCCUACAGCAGCAGGAGCAAAAUGACCAAUUCUGAGGAGAGGCUGGGGACACGAUCCGGUCUGCUGAAUGCCAGCGAUGAUGCUGAUUCCAAAAGGGCUAAGCUUUCAUACAGUAACAGAGGACUGUACCCGAGAACAGCCAGCACCUCCAUGACGGCAUCCACCUAUUUCAACAGUGCUGUAGGGAGCAGCAGAGUUGGCAGUGAAAAACAGAUUGAUCCUCUGGAUUCAUCUCGAAGUUCAAGCCAUUUGUUCUCCCAGCCGUCAUCUUCCUCCCCGAAGACUCUGCUGUCCAGGCGAGAGCAAGAAGCGAAGGAAGAGGCCAGCCUGUCACGUCUGAGAGAGAGAAGAGUCAGGACGCCAGGAUUGGUUCCCUCCUUGUAUCAGACAGACCGGGUGAUGUCCACAUAUGCACAAGGAGCACGCCCAAAAGAAACUGCCUACACUUCCUCGUCUUUCUCCUCCUCCUCCUCCUCUUCCUCCUCCUCCACAGUGAGAGACAGCUCUCUGAAUCGUCACAUGUCCUCCUCCACUCCUCAGAGAGUGUCUCCUCUGGUGCACAACUUCAGCAGCAGAGCUGCCGCUCAUUUCACCAACGACUCACCCACUCGCUACUCAUCUCGACAACAAACCGGAAACUCUGAAUCCUCCAGCAUUUCCUCUUCCUACUCCUCCCCCCCUUGGCACACCCCUCCCCUGGCCAGACCUGAACCCGUGCCCUCAAGGUCAACUCCGGAUGUCGGAGAGCCAGAAGGCCGUAGCUCCACCCGUCGACUUCUCUCCCGCCUGUUUUCACGAAGAUCGAGCCAAGACUCUUCGAGCGGAUCUUCCAGUGUUCGCUCUCUGGAUGAUGACAGUCCUUCCACCUCCGGGGAGUCUGUGGACAGCGAUGAGGGAGUCCGGACCUCUGGGGCGGAUCCUGACAAUGGAGGCUCGGAGACGGCCUUAGGCAGCCUCAGGAAUCACAGAGCAGACCUCUCCACCAUCCAGGAGGGCAACAGCUACAACAGCGGCCCACCUCGGCCCACACGGCCAACGUGGAAUGUUGGUGGCAGUAGCAGCAGCACCAACGGAAGAUGGAGUCCGUCUUGGCUUUCCUCCUCCCUUCGUGGCCGCUGUCCUCCUCUCCUGUCUCGCUUAAGAAGGCACGCUCGACAAGGAAGUUCACACUCAGCAUCGAGCUUAGAAGAAGGCUCCAGCCACACUUUACUGAGAAGGUGGGAUGAACACCAGUCAUCCCAAGAGGAGGAUGAAGAGGAUGAGGAAGAGGAGGAGGAGGAAGAAGAGGAUGACGAAGUGGAAGGAGCAGUUGGUUUGGAGGCUUUGUCCACAGGCCGUUCCUGCAGACUGGAGCGGGAAAGCCUGCCAGAACUGGAAGAUGCCCCCGUUUCAUUCCUGCCCCGCUCCAGAGCUGGGCUGUUUGAAAGGAUCACAGCAUCGAUGGUUCAGCUGGGAGAUGUCGAGAGUAAACCAGAAGAUCCCAAAAGCAUUUCCAGCAGGGAUCAAGAGAAACUGCUGAAAAUCAAAGAGAGACUGCUGCUGGAGGAUUCGGAUGAGGAGGAGGGAGACCUGUGCCGCAUUUGCCAGAUGGGGGAGGAGUCUUCGUCCAACCCCCUGAUCCAGCCUUGCCGUUGCACAGGCAGCCUGCAGUACGUCCACCAGGAAUGCAUCAAAAGGUGGCUUCGCUCAAAAAUCAGCUCAGGUACAAACCUCGAGGCCAUCACAACCUGUGAACUCUGUAAGGAGAAAUUACGCUUGAACAUCGACAACUUUGACAUCCACGAGUUGUACAGGACCCACGUGCAAUCUGAAUACGAUGAGUUCAUCAGCAGUGGGCUGUAUCUGGUGGUGCUGCUGCACUUCUGUGAGCAGAGGUUCUCUGACGUUCUUGGAGCAGUGGAUGCAGCAGGGUUAUUCAACCUGGUGAGAAUUCUUCAUGAACACAUGGACAAUCUUGAAAUUCCUCACGAGGAGAGCGACGAGGAGGUGCAAGACAACAGACCGUCCGUCGACUUCUCCGACUUGGACGAUGACCUGGAGGAGGAAUAUUAACUAUGGGAGCAACAUAAAAAGUGGCACAUGUGAUCUGGCAGGUCUAAAGCUUUGCACAUGCUUUGAAAGUUUCACGUUAAGAGCAGAAAAACCUUUGCUGCCAGAGGCUUUUUGCAGAUAUGCAAAUUUGAAAAUCAACAGAUUUGUAAAAUAUUGUUUUGUUUUGUUGGUUCAAACCACUAUUUCUUUUUUUUGUUCGUUUUCUUUCUCCAAAAAAAAUGCACUUUAUUGAACAUGCAAGUCUUUCUAAUGGUCAUACCAUAAGUGCUUUUAAUGGUUAAUCAGAAGGACAACUGUGACGUGUGAUGAUUACUUUGAUUGUGGUGGACACUUGAAGACCAUGCUUUUGGGAUGAAUUUGGGGGGAGAAAAGCGGUUAUUCCAUGUUUUCCUUAGAACUUUUCCUGUUUUAAAAGUCACCCCUUAAAACAUGCUGUUGUUUCAUAAAUGCUUCUCAAAAUCUGGUUUCAUGCUUUUAAGUUUGCGAAUAAAGUUGUUGACAAAACUGCC